AUGAGGUACCUGUACAUCAGUUGCUCUUUGUGUAUGGUGUAUAUGUGCACAAUUUAUGCAGAAGUCAUCUACACCAACAGUUGGGCUCUAUAUUUGAGUGGCACUCCUGAACAAAUCAACAAGAUUGCAAAGAAACAUGGUUUCCAUAUCUUGGGAAAGGUAAAACAAUUAUGUUAAUGUUAGUUCACUGUUUAUUUAUGUUAUAUAAUUAUUUUUAUUAUUUAUAGGUACAUCUUUUGGCAUAAUAUGACUACCUAGUAGUAGCUAAUUUCUUCUGGCAAAUUAUAUUUGUAGAUAUUUCCAGAUGGCAACUAUUACCAUAUGGAGCAACCAGGGGUGGCAAAACAAUCAUUGCAGGCACACUAUUUGCAUAAUCUUCGACUGAAAAUGGACCCUAAGGUGAAUAGCUAAUACAUCUGUAAAACACUUUCUAAAGUUGUCUGUGAUAACCAGUCCCAGUAUUGCUCUUAUUGUGAUGAGUGUAAUGAUCUACCUGUUUCUCAGGUGCUUUGGUUUGCACAGCAAUCUGGAAGGAUUAGAAAUAGAAGACACUCUUUCACAGCACCCACUGAUCCAUUUUUCAAUCAGCAGUGGUACCUGGUAUAUGUCAACAUUAUUCUUCCAUUUUUGUUUGAAGUUUAUUUCCAUAAGAAGCUCUUUAGAUUUUUAUUCUGCUGUUUGAGGUUUUUCUGCCUUGAGUGAAAGCAUAUGGUAAUCCCUGUUUUGAAACUGGAAAAUAAAAUAAAAAAUCUAAUGUAGGCCUCUGCUUUUCCAGAGUGAGGCAUUUGAUCAGAAUGUGGUGGCUGCCUGGGCUCGAGGCUACACAGGCAAAGGGGUAGUGGUGUCCAUCUUAGACGAUGGCCUAGAGACAAGCCACCCAGACCUUGCUGAAAAUUAUGUGAGUUAUCGAGAUUAUUAUUGUUGUAGGGGCACGAUUGCAAUUUGUUAAUCAUGAAGACAAGUAGAAAAUGUUCCAUCAGUAGAAAAAAAAACUCAAAUUUCAUUGUACCUGUAGGAUCCACUUGCUAGCUAUGACAUGAAUGAUAAUGACCCCAUCCCAGACACUCAAUACUCUCUGACCAGACCGAAGAGGUAAUUUGGCUGUGAUGUUAUUAAGAUUUUACUACUACAAGACAUUACAUCAUAUAACAUGUAUGAACUGCACUAUGUGACGACAUUCUGUAUUGAUGAACCCCUUUUGUCCUCUGCUCCAUAGGCAUGGAACAAGGUGUGCUGGGGUGGUGGCAGCGGUGGCAAAUAAUGGGGUGUGUGGGGUUGGAGUGGCAUAUCAGGCCAAGAUCGGGGGCAAGUAUUACCUAUACAUUAAAUAAUUAUCUUGUUAAUAGUAUUUAGAACAGUACAGUAAUUAUCCUGCUUUAAUUUUCACCCUGGCUUUUGCUGUGUUCUGUCCAGGAGUUCGGAUGUUGGAUGGACAAGUGACUGACCUGAUAGAAGCCAUGUCCUUAAACUUGAAUCAGCAGCACAUUGACAUCUACAGCUCAAGCUGGGGACCUGAAGAUUUGGGGAGGAAUUUGGAGGGGCCAAACACAUUAGCCCAAGAAGCCUUUAUCAGAGGCAUAAGCAAUGUAUGAAACAACUUGUACCGGUCAUCCUAUAUUACCUGUUUCAUCAGUAGUGCCAAUCCGUUGGCUGAAUAAUCUGGAGGCAAAGUAACUAGAGCAGUAAGAUCAUACAAUGAGUCUUAAAAAGCAACUGCAAUACCUUACAGGGCCGAGGUGGCUUGGGUUCCAUUUACGUCUGGGCUUCAGGCAAUGGGGGCGCCAGCUUUGACAACUGCAACUGUGAUGGCUACACCAACAGCAUUUACACGUUGUCUGUUGGUAGUACCACCGAAAGGGGAACUUUGCCCUUCUACAGUGAACCCUGCUCGGCCAUUCUAACAACUACCUACAGUGGUGGUAGCUUUCAUCACCACAGAAUUGUAAGUGUCUUUUUCCCAACUCAUACCAUAUUAUUGUUUUCAACAUUCAUAUAUACACUGAACAAAAAUAUAAAUUCAACAUGCAACAAUUUCAAAGAUUUUACUGAGUUACCGUUCAUAAAAGGAAAUCAGUCAAUUGAAAUAAAGGCCCUAAUCUAUGGAUUUCACGUGACUGGGAAUACAGAUAUGCAUCUGUUGGUCACAGACACCUUAAAAAGGUAGGGGCGUGGAUCAGAAAAUCAGUCAGUAUCUGGUGUGACCACCAUUUGCCUCAUGCAGCGCAACACAUCUCCUUCGCAUUGAGUUGACCAGGCUGUUGAUUGUGGUCUGUGGAAUGUUGUCCCACUCCUCUUCAAUGGCAGUACGAAGUUGCUGGAUAUUGGCGGGAACUGGAAAACGCUGUCGUACACGUCGAUCCAGAGCAUCCCAAAACUGCUCAAUGGGUGACAUUUCUGGUGAGUAUGCAGGCCAUGGAAGAACUGGGACAUUUUCAGCUUCCAGGAAUUGUGUACAGAUCCUUGUGACAUGGGGCUGAAACAUGAUGUGAAGGCGGCGGAUGAAUGGCACGACAAUGGGCGUCAGGAUCUCAUCACAAUAUCUCUGUGCAUUCAAAUUGCCACCGAUAAAAUGCAAUUGUGUUCAUUGUCCGUAACUUAUGCCUGACCAUACCAUAACCCCACCGCCACCAUGGGGCAUUCUGUUCACAACGUUGACAUCAGCAAACCGCUUGCCCACACAACGCCAUACAUGCUGUCUGCCAUCUGACCGGUAGAGUUGAAAUCGGGAAGAGCACACUUCUCCAGCGUGCCAGUAGCCAUCGAAGGUGAGCAUUUGCCCACUGAAGUCAGUGACAACGCCGAACGGCAGUCAGGUCAAGAGCCUGGUGAGGACAUCGAGCACGCAGAUGAGCUUCGAUGAGACGGUUUCUGACAGUUUGUGCAGAAAUUCUUCGGUUGUGCGAACCCACAGUUUCAUCAGCUGUCUGGGUGGCUGGUCUCAGACGAUCCCGCAGGUGAAGAAGCCGGAUGUGGAGGUCCUGGGCUGGCGUGGUUACACGUGGUCUGCGGUUGUGAGGCUGGUUGGAUGUACUGCCAAAUUCUCUAAAACGACAUUGGAGGCUGCAUAUGGUAGAGAAAUGUACAUUAAAUUCUCUGGCAACAGCUCUGUUGGACAUUCCUUCAGUCAGCAUGCCAAUUGCAGGCUCCCUCAAAACUUGAGACAUCUGUGGCAUUGUGUUGUGUGACAAAACUGCACAUUUUAGAGUGGCCUUUUAUUGUCCCUAGCACAAGGUGCACCUGUGUAAUGAUUAUGCUGUUUAAUCAGCUUCUUGAAAUGCCACACCCGUCAGGUGGGUGGAUUAUUUUAGCAAAGGAGAAAUGCUCAAUAACAGGGAUGUAAACAAAUGUGUGUACAUUUGAGAGAAAUACACUUUUUGUGCGAAUGGAAAAUCUCUGGGAUCUUUUAGUUCAGCUCAUGAAACAUGGGACCAACACUUUACAUGUUGCGUUUAUAUUUUUGUUCAGUAUAUUUAUUUUACAAAUAUGCAUUUAGAGUGACAAAGCAUUCUGAUAAAUCUUUGACUAGUUUAGCUUUAGAAUAAUCAUGCUUAAAAAGUAGUCACAUGAAUGUAAGAGGUUUCUGAAGAUGUGUGGAACUUGAAAGAGAUCAAUAUUUAUCUCACAUUCACCACCUACAGCAACAGUAAGCAAAGCCUCAACAAAAUACCUGGAUGAUGUUUCCCCUCUAGGUCACCACUGACCUGCAUCAGUCCUGCACCUCUGACCAUACUGGGACCUCUGCCUCUGCCCCUCUGGCUGCUGGGAUCAUUGCACUGGCUCUGGAGGCAAAGUAAGAACGCCCUUGUCUCUGCGCACCUGUAACUCAAUAACUUAUUUGUUGUAAGGCUUUGAGUCAUCGAGAAAGAUGAUAAUAUUCCAACUUCUCCCACAGCCCAACACUUACCUGGCGUGAUGUGCAACACCUUGUGGUGCGAGCAUCUAGACUGGCAGAUCUUCAAACGCAGGAUUGGCGGACCAAUGGUGUUGGUAGACCUGGUGAGACAUAAAGCACUACCUUCUAUUGUAGGUAGUUUACCAUUUAGGGAAACUGAGAUGUGAUUUGCUGACUGUAGGGCCUGAAAUUGAAUUUAAAAAAUAGUGAACUGGCAUCUGAUUUUCUUUAUUAUAGUCAGCCAUUACUAUGGAUAUGGGCUACUGGAUGCAGGUAGACUGGUGGACUUGGCCAGUAAAUGGAAAGCAGUCAAACCUCAAAAGAAGUGCACCAUUGACCUCAUUACCAGAGCCUUGUAAGAAAAACACCCUUGCCCUUUCAUCUCACUUAUGGAUAGUUAGUAGGAAUACAGCUACUUAUCAGUGUGUCCUACAGCUGUUUACAGUACACAUAAAUAUGAUAUUCAGAUAUUAUCGAGCAUAAAGAGUCAUUCAACCAAUUCAUAAUACCAACUUGGCCGGUUAGAUUUGUUAUACCUGAUUUGAUGUCUGUCCGAUAGUGAACUCCGCAUGAAACUAACAUUGAGGUGGAAUGUGACAGCUUGUCAUGGCACCAGGAACUGGAUUCGGUCUCUGGAGCAUAUCCAGGCACGUCUUACACUGACCUAUAGCAGACGUGGGGAUCUCUCCAUCACCCUCAUUAGCCCGAAGAAGACAAUCUCCAAUUUACUCACAACCAGGUAAGGCACAGCCAAGUCAAUGGACAGCAAGCUUGAAACCAAUAAAUAGAAGUAUGAAACCAUUUAUAGAUACUCUGUCAUAGGGUAGAAUACAUAUUAUACAUACGGCAUAAUGGUGAAGUAUCAGGAUUUACAAUAUGCAACAAGAGGUCCAAGUGUAACCCAUCUUGUCUUUAGUGUACUAAAAUAUUCCAAUCCAAUGUUGCAUCACAGGCCUUACGAUAAAACGUCUGCAGGAUUCUCAGACUGGGCCUUCAUGAGUACACACUGCUGGGAUGAGGAUCCCUCUGGAUAUUGGGUUCUACAGAUAGAAAACAACGGAGAUUCAACUAACAGAGGUACACUGACUUCAGCAGUCAUUCUCAAACUGACAAAAACAAAGUUGGAAUUUAAGGUGUCAACUUCAAUAACACAGCGAGUCUCUUAAAACACAUCUCUGGUAUCUCAAUUCAAUUAGUUAAUGGCAGAAAUAAAUAGUAUACAUUACAUCUAACACAUUACAUCUAAUGUGAACCAGAAAAAAUGUAUUGUCAUCCUUAACUAGUAUUACAAAUCAAAAGCAUUCAGUGCUGCAGCUAGCGUGACAGCAGCUGGCUCUGUUUGGCUCAGGCUUUCAUCAUCUGUUGGUAUCCAUCCUGUUCAAACUCACUCUUUCACAUCUCAUCAAGAUACAUACUACUUAAUGUAUUCAUGUCAUAACAUGAAAAUGAUUUGUUUUUGUUCCCAAUUAAGUUAAUGUAUUUAUUUGUAUGCUUUACAUUGUGCAUAAUGAACAUGUUAUACAAUGUACUCAGCCACCAACUCGUUUUUUUUCUUUGUUCAUAGGGAUCCUGUUGAAAUUUCAACUAGAGUUGCAUGGGACAGAUGAACGCAUGAUUGGCCGUCGCAUUGAGAGGGCAGUGGUACAGCAGUGUGCAGUGAGGAAUUCUGAUGGCGGCUGUGAAGGCAGGCUGCAACAUUAUUCAUUCCCUGAAUUUAGUUUACAAUGAAACAGUUGCACACACACUGUAAUUUCACGUUCUAUAAGACAGCUAGAAAAUGUUACUAACCAAGAAAGUAUCCUCCGUUUUUAGAGUGUAUCUACCCACUGUACGUAUUUGAGAACAUCUGCCUGAUGUACUGUCCACCUCACUACUAUGAGUUAAAUGGAAACAGCACCCGCUCCUAUCGGAGGUGCUUACCCUGCCAUCGCAACUGCCACACUUGUUUUGGCAAACAGGACACAAACUGUCUGGACUGCCCUCCGUAUUCCACCUUGGAUUCUCGUCGCAGUACCUGUAGUCCCCACGUCUACCCCUGGGACCACAGAGGUAAAGUAACCAAUGGCAUGGAUCGGACAGCAGCGGUUCUGGGCAUCCUGAUGGGAGGGCCGCUGGUGAUUUUGUGUGUCAUGUGGGCGAUUGCAUGGAUGAGCAGGGCUUGUCUACCACGUGGUGCUGCCAGGAACCAGGUGGACAUCAGCACCAGGCAUAGCAGUGAGGAGUCCAGGGAUGUGGAGAUGGUGGUAUUCAGUAUUACAGAAAGCCAGACAGAGAACAGCGAGAGUACAUCUACAUUCACCAACAUUCCCAAUACUUCAAGAGAAACAUGA